UCCGACCAACUUGCUUCAGAGAAAUUGAGGCAACAAAAAUGAAAUUAAAUCAAAAGGGACGUGAUGAAAUGCAACGGCAGCUUCUUCCGAGAAAGAAAGAGCCCUUUAGUGCUUAAAAAGUCUUUUGAUUCGCUCCAUUAUUAGAUGUUGUUGUCCUGGCCGGAGUAACUUUUGUUCCCUCUCCGCUCUGCACACUUUCAUUCAACCCUUCUGGGCACUCUUGUUUAGUCCUCUACCGCUCACAAAUCAGCCAUGCCCAUCACAGAGCUCUUUCUCGGCGCCUUUCUUCAGGUGUUGUUCGAUAGGUUGGCCUCUCCGGAGCUCCUCAACUUUGCACGGCGUGAGGGGAUUGAUAUGCGGUUGAAGAAAUGGGAGAAGAUGCUGGAGAGUCUCAAGGAGGUGUUGGAUGAUGCAGAGGAUAGGCAACUCACCGGCCAUCUCGGGGUGAAGUCGUGGCUAGAAGAUCUUAGAAACUUGGCCUAUGACAUCGAAGAUUUGCUUGAUGAGUUCGUCACAGAAUCCGCUGAAAGCAAGUCCAAGGCAGAAUCCAACACUAGCAAGGCGCAUUCCCUUCUUUCCAAUUGUUGCUUCAGAUUAAGUCCGAGAGAAUUCAUGCUCAACCACAAAAUGAGAUCUAAGAUGGAAGAGAUGGAUGCCAAAUUACUGGAGAUCGUAACUCAAAAAGACAGUCUGAGCCUAAGAGAGAAUAACGAGAAGCGAUCAACAAAUCAUUUACAGGAUAAGCCAAUUCCAACAACACAUUUGAUCGAGGGUUGUUUUGUUGGUAGGGAAGAUAAAAAAAUGGAGAUUCUCAAAUUACUAACCGAAGAAGAAGAUGAUAGAACAACUACAAACAUAAGAGUGAUUCCCAUCGUAGGGAUGGCGGGUCUUGGGAAGACAGCUUUGGCUCAGCAAGUCUUCAAUGAUGCCAGAGUGACCAGCUACUUCGAUGUAAAAGCAUGGACUUGUGUUUCUGAUGAUUUCGUCAUGCUUGCUAUUACAAAGAGUAUCCUACAAAAAAUCGACUGCACUUUGUCUUCUGAAGAUAAGGACCUGGAUUGGCUUCAGGAUAAGCUCAAACAAAACCUUUCGGGGAGAAAGUUUCUUGUCGUUUUGGACGAUGUUUGGAACGAGAAUUAUGGAAACUGGACUAUCCUCUUGAAGCCUUUUCAAUCGGGAGCAAAGGGAAGCAAAAUCAUUGUCACGACCCGUAAUUCCCACGUUGCCGAAAUAGCCGGUGCUCGACCAUUUACUCUCAAAGAGUUGUCACUAGAAGCUUGCGUGACUCUGUUUGCAUUUCAUGCUCUUGGAGUAAAAAAUUUUGAUCAUCAUCCUUAUCUUGAAGCAUUAGGUCUCAAAAUAGUGGAAAAAUGCAAAGGGUUGCCAUUAGCAGUGAAGACAUUGGCUGGGCUGCUACGCACUAAAGUUGGUCCCCCGAAUGGCAAGCUAUAUUGAACAAAGAUUUGGGAUCUACCGAAAGAAAGAAAUGACAUCCUUCCAGCUUUGAAACUUAGCUACCUCCAUCUCCCUUCCAAUCUAAGGAGAUGUUUCGCUUACUGUGCUAUAUUUCCCAAGGACUAUGAAAUCCAACGGGACAAGUUAAUUCAUUGGUGGAUUGCAGAGGGCUUGGUGGACAAAAAAGAAGCAAAGAGUCAAUGGAAUACAGGUUUGAAUUAUUUCAAUGAGCUAGUAGACAGGUCGUUAUUUCAAAAGUCAAGUAGCAAUGGAUUAGAAUUCUUAAUGCAUGAUCUUGUGAAUGACCUGGCAAAGCUAGUUGCAGGUGCAUCCCAUUGUAGCUCGGGGGAAUUUGAGUUUGUGGAUGAUCACAAUAAUGCAUCUUUAGCUCGUCACGCCUCAUUCCUUCCAAGCAAUUAUUUUAUGCCAGAAAGAUUCGAGAUAUAUCAUCGAAUGCAGGGACUUAGGAGCUUCAUAUCAUUAGAGAAGCAACAUCGGUCUUCCUUUGUGACCCAGAAAGUGCUACAUGACUUGUUGUCGGUAUUGAAAUACUUAAGGGUGCUUUCAUUGAGUCGCUAUAACAUUAGGGAGGUACCAGAAUGCAUUGGAAAACUAAGGCACCUAAGGCACCUUAAUCUAUCACAUACUCAUAUUGAAACCCUUCCAAAGUCGAUUGUUGCAUUGCACAAUCUAGAAGCUUUAAUAUUGCAAGGCUGUCGCAAGCUUAUCAAAUUACCUGAAGGUAUGGGAAAACUAAUCAAUCUAAGAUUUCUUAACAUUACCAAUACUCCAAUUCUAAGAGCAAUGCCACUAAAUAUAGGUAAUUUGUUGGGUCUUGAGAUCUUGUCCAAGUUUAUAGUUGGAACGGAAAAUGGGUCAAGGUUGAAUGAGUUAAGAAACCUAAAGAACCUGCAAGAGGAAUUGUGCAUCUCUGAUUUGCAUAAAGUUCAAGAAGCAGAGAAGCCAAAGAUGCCAAUUUACUCAUGAAGGAGGGAAUAUGUCAAUUGAACAUGCAAUGGUGCACAAAUUUUGAAAAUUUCCGGAAUGAAGAGCUUGAAACAAAGGUCCUUGACUUUCUUUGCCCUCACCAAAACCUUGCACAUCUUAAAAUAUCCUACUAUGGCGGCCUAAAAUUCCCAUCUUGGUUAGGUAGUCCUACACAUGUUAACAUAAUGCAUUUACAUUUAUAUGGGUGUCAAAGGGUCAAAGAAUUACCAUCGCUUGGGCAGCUAUCUUCGUUGAAAGAAUUGUACAUCAAAGGUUUAAAUGCAAUAUGCAUGGUAGGGUAUGAAUUUUAUGGAAGUAAAAGUCCUUUUCCAUCCUUGUUGACUUUGGAAUUCAAGGGCAUGCCAUUGUGGGAGGACUGGUCUCAUUGCAUUGACGCUGAAGAAGUUGGAGUUGUAUUCCCUCGUCUUGAGCAUCUCGUCAUUCAGGAUUGCCCUAUGCUGAUCGGAAGAUUGCCUAGUCAACUAAGCUCCCUUGUAAAUCUCAAAAUUAACUCAUGUCCACGUUUGGAAGCCUCGCCAUCUUUCAAUAGCCUUCCAUCUCUCAAUGAAUUAAAAUUCAAAGGUUGUAAUGAGAGGGUGCUGCAUAGUUUGGUAAACCUGGCAUCUCUUACUGCUCUAGACAUAAAUGAUGUUGCUGAACUCACUUGCUUAAAUCAUGGGUUUACAAGCUCCUUGAUCAAGCUAGAGAAGUUGACGAUCGAAAAGUGUGCAAAGUUAAUAUAUCUGUGGCAAGAUGGAGAUGUAAUUCGGAAUCUCAAUUGUCUGAAGAGAUUAGUCGUAUGUAGUUGUUCAGAAUUCAUAUAUUUUGUGGCUGAAGAAGGAGAUAUAGAGCUACCUGGCAACCUCGAGACUAUCGAAUUGAGUGAUUGUGUCAAUUUAGAGAAGCUUCCAAGCAAGAUGCACACCCUCUCCUCUCUUAGAGACUUGAGUAUCUUUAAUUGUCCAAAACUCGUGUCCUUCCCAGAAAUAUGUAUACCAACAUCUCUGACAUCAUUAAACAUCGAGUUCUGCAAGAUGUUGCAAUCUUUACCCAGAGGAUUAAGUGCUCAUCUAGAUGAACCUAGCAGCAGCAGUAGCAAUACCCACAGUGACAUUAUAUCUUGUCUACAAGACUUAAGAAUCUACGAAUGCAAUUCUUUGCCAUCCUCUCCAUUCAGCGAGGGUAUAUUUUUACCCACGACCCUCAAGAGACUUGACAUUAGUUACUGCAGGGGAGUGGAGUCGCUUGCGGAUAUAAAUCUAGACCGUCUUCAGUCUAUUCAAGAGAUUAAAAUUUUGGAAUUGAAGAAUUUGAGAAGCUUACCCCAGGGUCUACACAAGCUAUCUCGGCUCACUUCCUUGCAUUUGCGGAAUUGUCCUGCACUGGAGCUGGAGUGCUUCCCCCCUCUUCCUCCCAGCAUCUCGAGAUUUAUUCUUCACGGUUGUCCAAAGAUAAAAUCGUUACCUAAUCAGUUGCAUCGACUCACGAGUCUUCGAUUUCUAUCAAUUUCGGGGUGGGAGAGUUUGACGCACUUCCCCGAUGGAGGAUUGCCGCCCCAGCUAGAGUCUCUUGUGAUAUUAAAAUGCGAGAAUAUGAAGCAGCCGGUGAGGGAGUGGCUCACCCCUCUCACCUCCCUUCAACAGCUGGUGAUCGACGGCAGCGUGGGAGGAGUAGGAGAAGAGGAGGAUCUUGUGCUUCCGCUCCCUUCCUCUCUGCUCCGUCUCUAUAUCCAUGAUAUGGGAAAAGUGGAAAGACUGUCCAGCACUCUCCCUCCCUCUCUCCGGACCUUGGACAUCCAGAAUUGCCCGAAGCUGAGGGAGUUGCCCCAGGAUGGCCUCCCUCCCUCCCUAGAACUACUCCGGAUCAGAAGAUGUGGGAUUCUGGAGGAGCGAUGCAGGAAAGGGACCGGCUGCUAUUGGCCCCUCAUCCGCGAAAUCCCAGAUAUUCGAGGAGUCUGAGGCCUGGCUCUUUCAUCAUCUGUGUCCUUCCCCUGUUGUUGUGUGCACCUCCAUCGCCACCGCUGCUUCGGCUCUCCACUCCGUCGUCGUCCUCACCUCCAUCUCCAUCUCCAUCUCAUGAAUAUAUUCCAAUUGAAACAGAUUACAUAGGAAUUCCCAUCGGUGAAGUUCCCCGGUACUAAGACUAGGAGGAGAAGAUGCUGCUGAAGGGGGGGACCCUUGACGUGAGAUUGCUUCUCAUUGUAGAGACGAAGAGGGGAGAUACCACUUCAGGCUCCGUUGUUCUUAACAUCUUGACUUUUUUGUGGGAUCUCUUUCCCGUGAUUAGAGUUGGUUCUCGAAUUACUCACGGAGGAUAGAGCAUUCACCAGAAGUGGGAGGAACUCGAUAUUAACUCUCCGUCCGCAUCUACCGAUACAAAGUACUUAUUCCCACACAUGCAAUCUUCUCAUUUCUGAGCAUACCGUGACGCACAUUGAAAUCUAUACGGGAAACGGAUUUAUUGCACCUCAACCCUUCCAUUCCAGCAUUUUACUCAACAUCCAAGAUUAGCCCUGGACUCAGUAGUGGCUGGUUGGCAAAGUUUAAAGAUAGCAAUUGGGCAAAACUAGGGGCUGUGAAAAAUGCCCCUUCCAUCAUCGUCUCCUUCUCCUUUGUUGUCUGCACCUUAAUCACCUAUGCUUCAUCUUUCUGCUGUCUCCAUCUCAUGAAGAUGUCAUUAAAAUAAGAUUACAUUGGAAUUCCAUUGGUGAAGUUUGUUGGUACGACCCAGCAACCUGAAGAAAGGUCUAUAGACCCUUCCUUCACCAUUGCCUCACUGGUAUUAUGUCUAGGAGGAGAAGAUGCUGAAGGGGACCCUGGAUGUGAGAUUGCUCCUCAUUGUAGAGACAAAGGGAAAUGCCAUUGCGGGCUCUGUUCUUAAGAUCUUGACUUUUGUGGAAACUUUUCCAUGAUUAGUUGGUUCUCAAAUUACUCAUGGAGAUAGGUAUGUAUAUAUGUUUCCUUUCCCCAUUCAGUAAGUGUCUGUUUGGCCCUGAUGUUAGAUGAAUCUAAAGUCUGGACAUAAUUUAUAUGGUAAGUUAAUAGCAAAGACGAGUUUAAAAACGUUUGAAAGUUGCAUCUCCUUGAAAAAGUGUAGCUCAGAACUUCGCAUGGAUAGAGCAAGUUCAUGUCAUGUUAACGACAGUUAGGUGCUUUAAAUGUUCUUUCCUGUUUUAGUCUGAAAGCUCCAUUUGAACACAUUUACUAAGUUGUACAAUGUACCUGAGUAGUUUCCCUUAUAUCUCUGAUUCUGAUAUGCGGAAACUACUUUUGCAGCAUUCACCAGAAGUGGAAGCAACUCGCAUCCAAGAUUAAGGAGUGGUUUAGUUGGUUUGAGUACAGACACAAGUGAAGGCAUUUCUCGUCCUGGAUAGCACUUGACGAAAUCUUUGCCUAUUGUUCAUUCUGAUAACUAUUCAUAUUCUGCUUCAUGGAAUCAGAGAUGCAUAGCCUUGCAGUCGCAGGUUGGCAAAGUUUAGAGGGUGGGUAGAUUUGUUUCUGCUAUUUCUUUUGACAGGCUGUUUGAAAGACAUGGCUAAUGAUCAUGGGGUAUAAUCAGAAUCUAGAAAGAAUCUCUUCUGAAGGAUUAGCAAAUUGUCUGCAUUCUACUUGUUCAUUUCUAGCAUUGUAUCAAAGCACAUCAAUGGUUUAAAAUUUAUCAUCUUUUAUGUUUUUUGUUA